CGGAAAUAAAUCAGAAACUUCCUCAAUUCUUUGUCUCUCUUCUUCUUCCCAUUCCUCCUCUGUUCUUCUUCUCCUCCCUUUCUCUCUUCUUCUCAAUUCCUAUAUCCCCUAUCAAUUUCCAUCUUGCUACUCUGAAUUCGUCGACAAUAGAUCCAGAUCAAGCCCAGGCGUUACAGAGAUCUGGGAACUUCUCUGGUUCAAUCAGUCACCGUCGCUCUCUUUCUGGGGAGGAGAAAAAAGUUGUGAAUUGGACUGUUCAGAAUGAUAAAAAGGGCUUCAAGUAGGUCCAAAGGAAUCAAGGUGAAGCAUGUCUUGCAGAUUUCUCUGUUGCUUGGUGUCUGCUUCUGGUUAAUAUACCAGGUCAAGCAUUCCCAUGAUAACAAAAAGGAGUUUGGUGAGAAAGAUGCAGAAGUUUCCACCACUACUAGAACACGCGUUAAUGAUAAUGAGAUUCUGAAGUUGGGGAGGAAAGACCUGCAUCCUCGUGUGGAUGAUGUGGCUAAGAAUGAGAAUGUGGCUGAAGAUGAUGAAACAGUGGCAGAGGAGGAAAAUGUCAACGCGGGAGGAGACAAUAAGCAUGCAAAAGAGCUAGAGCAAGAACUCGAACUUACUAAGCACGAGGAAGAGGAGCGGGAUGAUGUUAGUAAGCCUGAAGAGGAAGAAAGGGGCAAUGAUGAUGAUGAUGAGAACAACAAGCAUGACGUAGAAGAAGAAAAGAAGACUGAAGAAGAGACCAAAGUAGAAAGCAGAGGUGCUGGCGAUAAUGAGUUUGGUGAACAUGAUCAGGAUAAACUGGAAGGAGAAAAGGGAGGGGAAGCUUUAUCGGAAGAGGAGAGAGAGAAAGGGAGUGAAGAUGGCGAUACUAAGGAGAGUGAAGUUAAUAAAGAAGAGGACAAGGAGGUCCAUGGAACUUUACCUGAAGAUGAGGAUCACGAGGACGGAAGCCAAAACUCCCAUGAAGCUCAAGAGGAGCACUACAAAGGAGAUGAUGCUUCAAGUGCUGUUACUCAUGAUGAAAACAACAGUGGGAAGGACAAAAUAAAUGGUCUUCAGGUAGGCGAAUUUGCUGAUAAUAACGGAAAUGGGAAUUCCAAUGAGAUUACUCAAACAAACUCAACAUUGCAGCAGGAACAAGGUGACAUGGCUGCUAAUAACUCUCUUCAGAGUAUUCAAACCGACUCAAAAUCGCAGCAGGAACAAGGUGAGAUGGCUGCGAAUAACUCCGCAAGUGUGUUGUCUGGUGGUGAGCAGACGAUUGAGGACGAGAAGAUCAUCAGUCAGCCUGGCUCAGAAAACACGUCAACUACAAAUGUGACAUCCACUGUGCUGCCUGAUAAUGAUCAUCAACAAACAAGCAAUGAGUUGGCAGUCUCGAAUGAAGAAACUGGGAACAAUAAUAGCAAUGGAGAUACUGCUCCAGUGGAAGCAUCUGUGUCUGAUACUACAUCUGAAGAAAAUGCAACAACUGGAGGCUCGGCAAUUGGAGAAUCGUCCGACCAGGAUACCACUGAAGGAACAGUCUCUGGUAACGCUCAGUCCACAGACUCAAGUAGCAACUCAGAAUCUGGUGUUGAUCAGACAGUCGCUAAAGAUGAAACAACAGCAGAAACUGACGUCACUCAUAAUGAGAAUUCUGAGGAGAACAAGGCUGAAUCAGGUCACAGCGAUGACAGUGGGGUGGAAGCUGUAGUUGGGCACGACGCUAACGUUACUUCUGGUUCUUCAGUUGGCCAAGAAGAGAACUCAGGGCUUGAAACAAACGCAGAAGGAGUUAGCAGCGAGACUGUUGCAACGGAAUGA